AUGCCUAGUGCUAUCUAUAGCCUUCCGAGAGUAUACACGCACAGAUCCCCGGCGGCGGACUUACACCUGACGCUCCGUCUCCGAGGUGCCGAAGAACGCGAUCAACCGGAGGAACACACGCCAGCAGCCCCCAGAGCUUUCAGAAAAGGAACGCUCACGGUUACGCCGGUGCUGGAUGAUACGAGGAUGGGCGGUGGACUGCGAGCACCCUUUGGAGCGGAGGUGGAAGGGGUAGACUGGACUCAGCCAGUACCGGAAGAAGUGAUCGAACAGUUAAAAGGCCUGCAAGACGAAUACGCCGUGCUGAUCUUCCGCAAAACGGGCCUCGACAACGCCCGACACGUCGCUUUCUCACAGCAACUGGGACAGAGGCUCGAAAUCAACCCGUUCUUCUACGGCCGCGAGCAGGACCGGAUAGGAGAUCCUUAUCUAUGGGAUGUCAGCAAUAUCAAUCGUGACGGGACUCUGGUAAAGCCGAACUCUCGCAGGUGGCACCAUAGUCUCGGCAAUGCGCUUUGGCAUACCCCGGCCGUCUGUGCAUCUGCGCUGAGCCUCCGCAUGAUUGUGCGGAUGAGGUUGGUGAUCAUUUUGAUGAUCAGCUUGAUGACGUUGUUGAGACAGGACUCCUCAUACCACCAAGAACGCUCAAAAUAUUCCCUUCUCCUAUCGCACGGGAAGCCGGUACGAGGCGGAUCCUGGACACACUUCGCCGACACGCGGCAGGCGUAUGAAGAUCUCCCGCAAUCGAUGAAGGACAUGCUGGAGGACCUGGUCGUGGAGCAUGACCUCUGGCAUUCACGACGCCUAGGAUCCCCGACGACGUUCAAGGAGCCUCUCCCGCAUGAACGGGCGGCCAAACCUCCAGCGUACCACAAGCUGGUCCAGCAAGCUCCCGGUGGCGGGCGCAAGACCCUCUUCCUCGCCGCCCACGCCAGACUCAUCCUGGGCUGGUCGUUGGAAGCAAGCCAAAAACUUCUUUGGGAUUUGAUCGAGUGGUGCACGCAGCCCAAGUACGUGUUCAGCAUGGAAUGGCUGGACGGCGGCGACAUGGUCUGGUGGGAUAACCGGCAGUCGAUGCACCGUGCCAAUCCAUACACCGAGAGCAUGACGGCUCGCGACGUGCGCAGGACGACCGUGAUAGACGACGGACCUUUCGCCUGGGGCGUCACGGAGCAAGAGAGGACUGCGGCAGCGGAGCAGGCGAGGGAAUCGGGGGUACGACAAUGGGAGCUUCCACUCCAAUAG